AUGCCAUCUACCUUUUCACAAUACGGCGAGCAUAGGCUUCCCACGGAAUUUAUCGAUGGAGGCUAUAGACAUACGGUCGCGAUCCCCGGCCGUCCCUUGAAAAUCGAAACUUGGACUAGGAAGGAACGGCUUGGGGCGGGCGCUUUUGGUACGGUUUAUAAAGAGAUAUGUAGAGAGACUCAUGCCGCUCGGGCGGUCAAGGAGGUUCGGAAGUCAUCGGCUAGAUCCAAUGAGCUUGGAAUCUUAACGCAACUCCGCGCGGUAAAGGUUCCCAAUAACCGCAAACUCUCAGGAAUAACGAAUAUGGUGAUUAUGAACUGGACUGGAAAGCCAAGCCAUUAUCCUAAACACUUUGUUCAACUGGAAGGGUGGUUUGACGAUGAAUACAACAUCUAUUUGGCUAUGGAAUACCUGCCAUGUGGUGAUUUAGAUGCAUUGACUAAGGAAAGUGACAUAUCCGAGGAUGAUACAAAGAUUAUUACAACACAGAUUCUCGAAGGAUUGGAAAUAAUGCACAGGAAGGACUUUUGUCACCGGGAUCUGAAGCCUAGUAAUAUUCUAAUUGCUAGGUGGAUGCCACUUACGGUCAAGAUUGCUGAUUUCGGUGCUGCCAAACAUUUUGACGGGAUAACUGCUGGGCGAACCUUCACCGGAACUCAACCCUACAUGGCACCUGAGGUUUGGGGUCUCGGAGAUGGCUCGACCAGUGAAUAUACCACCGCUGUCGACCUAUGGUCACUGGGAUGCCUGGUCUACUUUAUGAUUACCAAGAAACCUCCAUUUCCUGAGUACAAGCACGUGUUAGACUUUUUCGAAGGCCGGAUUACAUUUCCACCCAGCUCUGGCCCGCAAGCACCAAAUAUACCGCCCUCGGCGAUUGAGUUCAUGGCUAGCCUGGUAAAGGCUUUACCUGAAGAUCGAAUUCCAGCAGAGAAAGCAAAGGAGCACUCGUGGCUUGCAAAGUCGAACGAGGAGCCUCCGACUGUGUGGAGCCCAUUGUCGAGUGUUGGAGCUUCGGGCAACGGAGUGGGGAAUUACCUUACCCCUGUACAAGCAGCUGCACUAAACCACGCAUUUGUUGCUGCAGCCGAAAAUGGCGACUGUGAGCUAAUUACAAUGUUGCUACGGCGGGGGGCGAGGGUCAUGGCGGCAGAUAGCCAGGGAUAUACAGCUAUGUACUGGGCCGCCCAGCAUGGGCAUUUGCCCGUAAUCAAACUGUUACUGAAAAAUGGCGCGCAUCUGGGGGUAGGGGGAAGUAAGAAAGCAUCUCCGCUGCAUGGAGCGGCUGAAGGCGGAAAUAACGAAAUAGUCAGUUUUCUUUUAGAUAUGGGGGCAGACAUGACGGAACGGUUAUCCACCGGUCACAAUGCUCUACACCUCGCUGCGCAGUAUGGCAAUCUGGAGGUGGCACGCUUGCUGCUGGAUAGAGAUAUUGACAUCUCGGCGGAGUCGGAUGACGGUUGGAACGCUCUGCACAUCGCCGCCCAGGCAGGUCACGUGGAGGUGGUAAGCUUGCUAUUGGACCGAGGGAUUGAUAUCUCGGCGGAGGCGUCUCAAGGUUGCAAUGCUCUACACAUCGCUGCGCAGACAGGUCAUGCAGAGGUGGCGGGCUUGCUGCUGGAGGGGGGGGCCGAUAUCUCGGCAAAGGAGUCUCAUGGUUGGAAUGCUCUUUAUCUCGCCGCUGCGAGUAAUAAAUUGGAAGUGGCAAGGUGUUUGCUGAAUAAAGCUGCUGAUACUACACCCAGCGGCCUUGGUCGCUCGAGCGCUCUACAUGUCGCCACGGAGUGCGGCCAUCCUGAAGUGAUGGAGUUACUUCUAGAGAGAGGCGCUGAUAUCUCCGCAAAGUGGCGUAGUGGUGCGAGUGCGCUACACAUCGCCACACUACACAGUAAUUUGGAGGUGACAAGGUGUCUACUGGAUAGAGGUGCGGAUAUAGCAGACAAGGACUUUCAUGGUUCUAAUGCUCUACACUGGGCGGCGGGGAAGGGCCGCUUCGAAGUGGUAAAGUUAUUGCUGGAUAAAGGUGCUGAUAUCUCGGAGAAGGAGCCUCGUGGUUCGAAUGGGCUACAUAUUGCCGCAUUGAAUGGUCACUUGGAAGUGGCAAGGCUGUUUCUGGACAGAGAUGCUGAUAUCUCAGACAAGGAGUCUGAUGGUUCAAGUGCUCUCCACAACGCUUCAAGGAAUGGUCACUUGGAGGUGACAAGGUUGUUGUUGGAGAGAGGUGCCGAUAUUUCAGACAACGACCUUGAUGGUUCGAACGCUCUACAUCACGCCGCACGGAAUGGUCACUUGGAAGUAGUACGGUUAUUACUGGACAGAGAUACUCUUGAUAUCUCGGAGAUAGAGUCUCAUGGUUGGGAUGCUCUUUACCUUGCCGCGGUGUGUGGCCAUUUGGAAGUGGUAAAGUUACUGCUAGAGAGAGGUGCCGAUAUCUCAGAGAUCGAGAGGAGGUCUAAUGCUUGGAAUGCGAUGCUCGCCGCCGCACAGUAUGGAUUUUUGGAAGUGGUGAACUUACUGCUGGACAACGGUGCUGAUAUCUCGGUAAAGAGCCCUAAUGGUUGGAGUGCUCUUCACCUUGCCGCAGCGAAUGGCUACACGGAACUGGCAGAGUUAUUGCUGGACAGAGGUGCUGAUGUCUCAGAAAAGGCUGAUGGUUGGAAUGCCUUGCACCUCGCCGCGGAGACCGGCCAUUUGGACGUGGUAAAGGUGCUCCUGGAGAGAGGUGCAGAUGCGAUGGUUCCAACAGAUGACGACUCGACGGCGAUAUCUAUUGCGACCGGCCAUGGGCACACAGAUAUAGUGUUAAUGCUCCUUGAGGCAUCCAAACAAUCGAUAAGUACAUCUCCUACUCAGUCAGAUGUCCCUACGCCCUCCGAGAUCAAAACUCCACUUAGCACCCAGAUCAGCAGCGGUACCCGGGAUCAAUCUAGCUCGCAACCAGACACUGUGAAUGGCAUUAUCCAACUAUAUGAAUCCACAGAUUCCGCUAUUUUGCGUGCUGCAGGUUUCGAGCACAAUAGCCUUUUCGAAAGCAUGCAUAUGGAAUAG